AUGUCACCCACCAACCCCCAGCAGCCCCUCAUGGAUGCAGAGUGGAUGACGAGCCUCUCAGCUCUCAGGGCGUUCGUCGAACAUUGCGGACGGACCCCUUUUUCUUUCGAGCACAGACCAAAUUUUAGUACGCAGGUCAAUUGCGUCGAAGGCGCACUCACACUCGAGGACGGGGAACUGACCAUUUGUCUGGAGAAUGGUGCGAAAGCCAGUUUUGUUUCUUUGCGGCACUCCAUGGUGCCGUUUAACAUGCCAAAGAAUGAGGACUUUCUUAAGGCUUUUGACGAUGCACGGGCGGCCUUCUGCACUGGGUGGAUGGCGCUGGAGGACAGCAAGUCAAUAAUGCAUCAGCAGUAUGAAAUGGCCAGGGCACAACUGGCUGAGGAAAACUUAAAGAUCCAGCAGGACGCCUACGCUCAAACGGCGGGAUCAAACAAACGCAUUAAUAAAAUUCAGCAUCAGAUUAACACGUUGGAAUCGCAGAAAACCCACUUGCGUGAGGAGAACAAUCAGAUGCAAGAUCGGAUUAAUCAGAUGCAGGCGUGGAUUAACCAAAAAAAGAAACAGGGACUUCCAGCACAGCGGGCGGCAACAGAGGGUGAAAACGAAUAUUUUCCACAAGAUUUGCACACUGUGACACAUAACGCCAAGAUGGGCGGGCAGGCAGAACGGCCAUUUACGGCGUUGGGGGCUCAACCCCCGGUGGGGGUGCGAGAAAUUCAAGAGCUAAGGAAUAAGUUCGUGGAAAAGGGUUUCCGACCAGAAGAAAAUAUCCGGACCUUCGAGGGCGCCUUGGAGUAUUUAUUGGAGACCUCCCCCAGAACAGCAGCUGGUGGCUUAUCGGGGUCUUUUUCCCUUACCCAUGAAGCCUGGAUUCGACCUUUGCCAGGCGUGGGACAACUUCGUGGAAAGGAUUUAUGCUAUCCGCCACGAGGGCAUUUCGGCUGA